GUCAGUACAUUCACCUUUUGUAUGUUUGUUUUUUCCUUUUUUUGGGGGGAGGAGGGGUGUCGGGGCAGGAGGAAAGAUGCAAAGUUCACAGGUUCUUUUCUGUUACCUGAUUAGGGAAGAAUAAACACAAAUGCUGAAUACGGAAGAAAUCUGAUAUUGGAGAUACCUGGAAAUAAACUACUAACAACCAAUACCACAAGACGAAGCAGCAGUGAAUAACAAGACGCUGUGGAAAAAGAAAUCACAAGAUGAGAGUGCACAAUGCAUUUCAAAUAGAAAAAAGCUUCCUACCUUCUGAGUGAGUCUCAGUAUAUUCUGACAGAGCACAGAUAAAGCUUCAAUCAACUAUCUUCUAGCUGUCUCCAAAAGAAUAUUUUUGAGUACAGUAAACAAUAUGCAGCAGUGCUAGGAUCCUGAUGAUAGUAUACCAAGAACAAGAAUGGAAGUAAAUUUAUUCAGCAAUUCCACUGUAAACAGUUCAUCCAUCAACCAUAAGCAGUUAGAAGGGCAUAGCCUCUGGGAAAUCAUUGCUAUUGCCACUGUAACUGCAAUUGUAAGCUUAAUAACCAUAGUGGGAAAUAUUCUUGUGAUGAUAUCAUUCAAGGUUAACAGUCAGCUCAAAACUGUCAACAAUUAUUACUUGCUCAGCCUUGCCUGUGCAGAUCUCAUCAUUGGAAUAUUUUCUAUGAACCUUUAUACAUCCUAUAUACUCAUAGGCCAUUGGUCUCUUGGAAGCCUUGCCUGUGACCUGUGGCUAGCCCUGGACUACGUAGCUAGCAAUGCCUCAGUAAUGAACCUCCUCGUCAUCAGUUUUGACAGAUAUUUUUCCAUCACAAGACCUUUAACUUACAGAGCCAAGCGCACGCCCAAAAGAGCUGGCAUCAUGAUUGGUCUGGCUUGGCUAAUUUCCUUCAUUCUGUGGGCACCCGUGAUCUUAUGCUGGCAGUAUUUCGUGGGUGAACGAACAGUACCACCUGAAGAGUGCCAGAUACAGUUUUUAUAUGAGCCUAUUAUCACCUUUGGUACUGCAAUUGCUGCUUUUUACAUUCCGGUGUCCGUGAUGACCAUUUUGUAUUGCCGCAUCUAUAAAGAGACAGAGAAACGCACCAAGGACCUUGCUGAACUGCAGGGUUCAGAGUCUGUGGCAGAGUUUGAGAUGAUAAAGCCUCAGAAAGCAUUUCUGAAGUCUUGCUUCAGUUGCAAGCAACAAAACUUAGUCAAAAGAGAGAGAUGUCAAGCUUCCUGGUCUUCAUCUAGUCGAAGUACGUCAGCCACGGUGAAAGCCUCUCAGGCAGCAAGUACUUGCAUUGACUGGGCUAAGGCUGACCAGUUAACCACCUGCAGCAGCUAUGCAUCUUCAGAAGAGGAGGAUAAACUUGCCACAGAUUCAGUUUUCCAAGUAACUUACAGAAGUCCAUCUAAAGGUAAGGCAGAAGAGUUUAAUGAAAGUACGGAUGUUGUCAAACACCAACCUGAAGAAAAUGAUUUUGAGAACCAGAAAUACUUUUUGUCACCUGCCAAAGACCACGUACAAAAAAGUAAAAAAUGUGUGGCCUAUAAAUUCCGGUUGGUGGUUAAGGCUGAUGGCACCCAGGAAGCCAACAAUGGUUGCCGUAAAGUAAAAAUAACUCCCUGUCCUGCUGCUCUGUCAAAGGAUCCUUCCAUCAAGAGCAUGGAUCCAAAUAUAAAUAACCAAAUCACCAAAAGGAAACGGAUGGUUCUUAUAAAGGAACGCAAAGCAGCACAGACUUUAAGUGCCAUACUUCUGGCUUUUAUUAUCACAUGGACUCCCUACAAUAUCAUGGUUUUGAUUUCCACAUUCUGCUCUGACUGCAUUCCCCUGACACUGUGGCACCUUGGAUACUGGCUAUGCUAUGUGAACAGCACUGUUAAUCCCAUGUGUUAUGCUCUCUGUAACAAAACUUUUAGGAAAACUUUUAAGAUGCUGCUAUUCUGCCAGUGGAAAAAGAAAAAAGUGGAAGAGAAACUAUACUGGCAAGGCAAUACCAGACUGCCAUGAUUUGUUCCUAUACAAGGGAUAAGGGAAAAAAUAGAUAUUGAUAUAAACUAGUAAAUUGGGUCUAAUUCUGUCUUUUCAAAAUUGCUUUAUAUGUCUAAGUGUUAAAAAAAAAUUCUACCAAAAAAAAUAUUUUGCAUUAAGGUAGUGUGCUUGGGAUAAAGAAGUCAAUGGCUACUGUGAGCAGCACAGGGUGGUUUUGAUUAUGCA